AUGAAGUUACACCCAAUAAAAUCAAAUACAAAAAAAAACCAUACAAAAAAUUCUGGACAUCUUCACAACAACAACAACCCAUUACCAUUGCUACACAACACACAUUCAACAAUGUCAAGACAUCUCACCCUCCGUAGAUUAGCCCACCACUACGCACCUUCCAAAUAUUUAAACGACCUUGCCUACAAAUCCAACAAAAAAUUAGGCGACCAAUUCAUUCAACAAUACGAGACCAAAGUUCAUCAUUCAGCUAAAAUCACCGAUACUUGGAAAAAAUUGACUUAUUUGGUUGCAAUUCCAGCCAUCUUGUUGACUGCUAUUCCUGUUGGUAAAGUUGAAUUGGAACAUGCUCAUCACCGUGAACAUACUAGACAUUUGAGUGAUGAUGAAUGGCCUCAACAAUAUGAUUAUCAAAAUAUUAGAUCUAAGCCUUUCUUCUGGGGUGAUGGGGACAAGACUUUGUUUUGGAAUUCUGAUAUUAACAGACAUGUUCAAAAGGAUUAA